CCAAUCAUCACCAGUUCACCACCGUCUUCCUCAAUCCUCUCGCUCGUUAAAACCUCUCUUCUCUCUCUCUCUCUCUCUCUCUCUCUCUCCCCACUUCAUUGUUGAAUUGCGCGUGCGCGUGUCGCUGGCCGCCGCGCCCCGUGCGUGCGUCCGAGGAGGAGGAGGCCGAGGGGAGUCGACCGGCCGCCCGAUCGACCGAUGGCGAAGGGCGGGCUGAGCAAGCUGCGGUGCAUGAUCAGGAGGUGGCACUCGUCAAGCCGCAUCGCCCGCGCGCCGUCGUCCGCCGACGCCGGCGAGCGCGGGCCGGGCGCGUCGUUCCACGGCGCCGACGAGGUGCCCAAGGGCCUGCACCCGGUCUACGUCGGCAAGUCGCGCCGCCGGUACCUCAUCGCCGAGGAGCUCGUAGGCCACCCGCUGUUCCAGAGCCUCGUCCACCGCACCGGCGGCGCCGCUGAGGCCGGCUGCACCGUCGUCGGCUGCGAGGUGGUCCUCUUCGAGCACCUCCUCUGGAUGCUGGAGAACGCGGACCCGCAGCCGGAAUCCCUCGACGAGCUCGUCGAGUACUACGCGUGCUGACCGCCGAGAGCGAGCCGCCAGCCCGCCCCUCGCCGUGCCGGCGGCCCGCCGCCGGAACCGGAAGCUUCUAGGGGCAGCACAUGGCUGCGGCGGAUCGUCCCCGUGUGGUUUGAGCAGUAGCGGAUAGAGUGUCGUGGCAAGCUCCGAACGCCGGCGGGCGGCAAAGCGUAAGCCCAAGAACCCUGCUCCUCCGGCGCCGUCGAUCCGAUUCCAUUCUUCUCUGAUCGCUUCGUGUAAUUGACUUUCCUUUCAUUUUGCUUCUCGAUUCUUUCCCCUUCCUUCUGUCAAUAAGGUCUCCGGAGUGUAGCUGGCAGAGUGCGUCGGUGUACAUUGCAAAUUGCGACAGAAAUCGCCCAUUUCGAUUCUUGGAAUUAUUUUUUUUUGAAGUAAA